CACAACUGCUUGGUGAGACGGAUCACCCACUCACUGCCACCGUCUCAGCAUCUGCCUCGCCCAUCCCUCCCUUCCCUGCGUCAUUCCUCCUGUCCGCCAUCUCGACCGGCUUCGCCUUCUUCCUCCUCUCGCUUCUCGCCGCAUUCGCAGGAGAGUCUCCCGCCCUCGUCUCUCCUCCCUCUGCUCUCGUCUCGCCUCCCUCCCCCCACGGGCCUUAUAUCGCGUGCAGCGCCAUGGCUGCGCGAUCAAAGCUUGGCACGCUUGCCCGUCCGCUAAUAGCGAGGGCCUCACUAGCGAGCGCCUCAAGUCGCACGGUGGCUGGUUCUCGGGCGCAUGCCUUUAAAGAGGCGGAUCCAUGUGCCUAUAACGAAACGGUCUCAGCCGGGCGAGCUCAUAGCGGGAACGGCGGUGAAAUCGCAUUCCAUCAACCACACGCCCUUGGAAUCCAUACCGGACAUCACAAUCACAGAUCUCACUACCCCCCCCACCAGCACCAGCAGCACCAGUGUCAGCGGCUGCACCAGCAGUGCAGGGGCCUAGCCGCCGCCCCGUCCGCCGUUAAUCUAGCCGCAGAGCCGUCCGCCUUCAACGUGCUGGAAGGCGCGGCUGAGAGCAGCGGGCGCGUGCACAUCACCGCGUACGACGACAAGGGCUUCACGGUGGGUGGCCGAGACAUCAACUCGUCCAUCAUCUGCGUGGGCGACAUGGCGCUCUGCUGGUCGCCCUCUAGCAUGGCUGACGUCACUCCCGAUAGCCUGGCACUCUUUCAGCUCAUUCGCCCACAGCCAGAGCUGCUGCUGCUGGGGUCGGGGCAGCGCAUCCAGCCCGUGCCAGUGGAGCUGCGGCAGUUCGUGAGGGCGUGUGGCAUGAAGCUGGAGGUGCUCUCCACAGUGAGUGCUGUCCACUCGCCAUGCCAUAUCCACGCUCAACGUGCUCAACGAAGAGGGGAGGUCAGUGGCUGCUGCACUGCUGCUGCCCUCGGUGUGACGAUGUCACGACUUGACGAUCCAGUCCAAAGGCAUGGUCCUGAGUGUGAUGGCAUUAUGCCUCGCCUGUCUCCUCUGCGGCUGGUGUCGGGCCCGAUUGUUGGCGCAGAACAAAAUUGUUGUGCUACGCCAUCUGUACAAUACUGUUCUGGCCUCUCCAUUCCUUGGACCCAUUCUGAUUGUAUUCAGAGAUUGGUAUACAGAACUAACCAGGUACCAUGCACAUACCGGUACUGUAGUCUCUCUAGUAAGGGCGAAUUCCUACAAAGUUGCAUC